UUGCAGUGUUUUUCCUUUGACUAUGAUGGGACCCCCUCCCUGCUUGUCCUGUCCCUGUGGCCUCAGCUCAGAAGUCCUCCCCUGAGCCUGAAUUAAUGAGAGACUAUGACACAUUGAUUCCUUUCUCUGGCAGGGUGAGAACACAGCUUCCAUAGGAGCAUGAAUGCAGGCUUAUCAGGCAAUAAGUUCUGCAUUCAGCCCCAGUUAUAAAGACGGUCAGAAGAGACAACCGCAGGGGGCUGGACUUUAGGAGCUCUCUAAGUCCUUGUCUCACAGUUCCACUCUUACACACACCACUGUUUCCCAUGGCUGUCAGGAUGCCUUUGCUUCUUAUGCACCAGUAGUUGCUAUUCAUCCAUCUGGUAAUUCUGAACACUACUGAGUGAGCGUAAACAGAAAUGGGGCUGGGUACUGAACAUAGACACAUGCAAAAGUCCCAAGUCUGAGGACCCAGAGAAGUCACAGUCUGGCCAUUGAGACAAGUGCCUCAUUGAGUAAUUAUGAUGCACUGCAAGAAAUUCAUUGCUAGAGAUGUGGAUUAAAACCAGGUAUCCAGGACACGUCUGCUUUCUGUCCAACCUGAGGUAAAGGGCUUCCUCUGUCAUAUGUUCCUCCUGUUGUGCCUGAAUGCAUGAAGACAAGCAAGCAUGAAUUGAACCUUCUGAGACAAUAAGCAGAAAAAAAUUCUUCGGUGUUAUGGGUUAUAUCUACCAUGUUCCCUGUAGGUCCAUGUUUUGAGCCCCUUAUCCCCAGUGGGUAGUACUAUUUUGGAAGCUGUAGAGUUUGAGGAUGUGGGCAUGGCUGGUGAAAGUAUGUAAGGAGGGGGUGGGCUUUUGAAGGUUAUAGCCUGGUUCUUACUCAAGUUCUGUUUUGUUUCCUGGCCUACUGUGGUGUGAGGAACUUCUGGCACAAGCUUUCUUCUCCAUGUGUUUUCCUCCACAAUGGGCUUGAGUCACUGAAAUAAUGAGACCCCCCUUUCUCCUGUGAGUUCUUUCUGGCAGGUAUUUUGAUCACAGUGAUUCAAAAGUAACCACCUUACCCCUCAUGCUGUUUCUAACAGCUGUUUAGCCACAGAUCUCAGAAGAAGUAAUGAAUUUUGCAGGUUUCUCAUGAAAAUAACCCCACUUCUGGUUAUGGUUGGUAUACUACUAUAGCUACCAGCUCAGUAUGACCCAACACACACACACACACACACACACACACACACACACACACACACACACACUCACCAGUGUCCAAUCCUCUCUCUCACCCCUUCAGCACUCUGAGUUCUUACUUGUCACAAAGUGAGUUUUACUAUGUAGCCUAGGCUCACAUUGAACUUUCCACCCUCCUCUUUCAGCCUCUGGCAUUACAGGUAUGGACUACCACACAUCUGACUACUGACAGACUUCUAACUGGCACGUUUUGUCCCCCUCCGGCUGGAAUCGUCUUUAUUGCUCCCAUACAAGGCACCAGCUUUGAUGGUGGAAUGAGGAGAGAGGAUGGAUACAGGACCUCAGGAUACCUAACUUGUCACUAAGGAAAACAGCUCUCAAGGGAUAUAAUCCCAAAACAUCUUCCUUGAGUCCUAAUUCUGGCAAAUAAGCCACAAAAAUGUGUGGCCGUGCCUGCAGCAGCCCCACCAGUGUGCCAGCCCAAGAGUGCCACUAACGGGCACCAUCCUGUUCCUCGACUCUCCAUUUCCUCCCGAGCCACGGUGGUAGCCAGGAUGGAAGGCGCCUCCCAGGGAGGCCUGCAAACAGUUAUGAAGUGGAAAACAGUGGUUGCCAUCUUUGUGGUGGUCGUGGUCUACCUCGUCACUGGUGGCCUUGUCUUCCGGGCAUUGGAACAGCCCUUUGAGAGCAGUCAGAAGAACACAAUCGCCUUGGAGAAGGCAGAAUUCUUGAGAGAUCACAUCUGUGUGAGCCCCCAGGAAUUAGAGACACUGAUCCAGCAUGCACUCGAUGCUGAUAAUGCGGGAGUCAGCCCUGUAGGAAACUCGUCCAACAGCAGUAGUCACUGGGACCUUGGAAGUGCCUUCUUCUUUGCUGGGACAGUCAUCACGACCAUAGGGUAUGGGAAUAUUGCUCCGAGUACUGAAGGAGGCAAAAUCUUUUGUAUUUUAUAUGCCAUCUUUGGGAUCCCGCUUUUUGGUUUCUUAUUGGCCGGAAUUGGAGACCAACUUGGAACCAUCUUUGGCAAAAGCAUUGCAAGAGUGGAAAAGGUUUUUCGAAAAAAGCAAGUGAGUCAGACCAAGAUCCGGGUCAUCUCAACUAUUCUCUUCAUCUUGGCUGGCUGCAUCGUGUUUGUGACAAUCCCUGCUGUCAUCUUUAAAUACAUCGAGGGGUGGACCGCCUUGGAGUCUAUCUACUUUGUGGUAGUCACUCUAACCACGGUGGGCUUUGGUGAUUUUGUGGCAGGAGGAAAUGCUGGCAUCAAUUACCGAGAGUGGUAUAAGCCGCUGGUGUGGUUUUGGAUCCUUGUUGGCCUUGCCUACUUUGCAGCUGUCCUCAGUAUGAUCGGAGACUGGCUGCGAGUUUUAUCCAAAAAGACAAAAGAAGAGGUUGGUGAAAUCAAAGCCCAUGCAGCUGAGUGGAAGGCUAAUGUCACUGCUGAGUUCCGGGAGACGAGAAGGCGGCUCAGUGUUGAGAUCCAUGACAAGCUGCAACGGGCAGCUACCAUCCGAAGUAUGGAGCGCCGGAGGCUGGGCUUGGACCAGAGGGCACAUUCACUGGACAUGCUAUCCCCUGAGAAGCGUUCUGUCUUUGCAGCCCUGGACACAGGCCGGUUCAAGGCCUCAUCCCAGGAGAGUAUCAACAAUAGACCCAACAACCUGCGCCUUAAGGGGCCAGAACAGCUCAACAAACAUGGGCAGGGCGCUUCUGAGGACAACAUCAUCAACAAGUUUGGGUCCACCUCCAAACUCACAAAGAGGAAAAACAAAGAUCUCAAAAAGACCUUACCCGAGGAUGUUCAGAAAAUCUACAAAACCUUCCGGAAUUACUCUCUGGAUGAAGAGAAGAAAGAGGACGAGACAGAAAAGAUGUGUAACUCAGACAACUCCAGCACAGCCAUGCUGACAGAGUGUAUACAGCAACAAGCUGAGAUGGAGAACGGAAUGGUUCCCAUGGACACCAAAGACCAGGGGCUGGAGAACAAUUCUUUACUUGAAGACAGAAACUAAACGUUAAAGACACUGGAGUUGGACUACGUGUUGUCUUGUUUUUGUUGUUGUUUUGGUUUGUUCUUUUAUCUUGUUUUUGUUUUAAUAUUCACACUGAGACAUGUGCCUUAAAUAGACUUCUUGUUAGUCCAAAAUUACAUAGCAUUGAAGAAGAUAUUUCACUGUGCCAUACACAACAGAAAGCUUGCUCUGCCAAAAUGAAUCAAACAAGAGCUUCGUUUCAGAUAGUGGCGGCAGAACAUAUGGGAGCCUUUGCACAGGUAGCAGGUGUCCGCUGUCCCUGUGAGGGGGGUUCCAGUGGCAAUGCUAUAGUCUUCACCCAGUGCCGCUCUGUCAUGGCACACAGGCAAGGGCAGCUUUCCCUUGGACCAGCCUCUGAGAGGACAGGUUUAUCUUUUGAAUUGAGUCACCUUUCCCCAACCAGCCCUUAGUGAUAGGUGGUGCACAGAAGGGGCAGUUGUUUGUGAGGGACCUGGUGAGUCCAGCAAGGGUUUGAGGGGACAUUUUGACAGGCCACAGUACAGAAUACCUACUCCAAAAUGAAUGUCCCUGGGACCCGAGAGUACCUGAAAUUUGUUGGAAAACUGAUCAGAGCACACACGUUUUAUAAGGUGCAAUUGCUUUCUCAUAAAAAACAAAAACAAAAACAAAUCACAGACACAUCCCACUGUGGAUAUCUCCUUAACCAAUGACAGAGGUCCACUGAACUUUAUCCUUCUCAUGGGAUAGGUAGUGUAGGCGGGCUUGCAAGCAUUGGUGAAUAUACCGCCUCAACUGCUGCCUUGUUGAAAGGCAGAUCAUGCAUUUUUCUUCAGUGGGUGUGAAGGUUAAAAAAAAUAAAUAAACUGAUUUUGGAACAUUCAUACUCACUUUUCUAUGGGAACUUUACUGAUAACUUGUUUUGAUAGGAGGGAGGAAAUACCAAAAUUAUUGCCUUUGCAUGAUGCCAGUGGCUUGCUGUUCUGUUUAGCUGAUCCUAUUUUUUUUUUAAUAAAAGAUAAAAAUAGACAUCUUGCAUUUGUGAGACACACCAAGAAGGACCAUGGCAUCUUUCCAUCUCAGGGCUUCCUGUCCUUUUGGGUGUCUUAGAGUAGACUUAGCUAUGAGACCCCAUUGCUAUUUCUGUACAAAAGGAAAAGGAAUCUCUCGCCAAACCCUUGUAAGAUUGAAAUGGUUUAAGUUGAUUGCAGCUUAAGUGCCAUUAAUGCAUUUAAAACAAUACUGAAAAGGAAUAUUUAAAAGAUUUCAUUUUGUUCUUGUGUUUCAUGAUGCCUUUAUCAAGUUCAUUGUAUGACUAUGUUUCGUUAUGCCUUUAUUAUGGGCUCAUACCCUUCUUACCUACUCACCCCACUCCUCUUAUGCACUAAAAUGGUAACUCCCUCAUCAUUGUUUCUAGGCGAGCAAUGAUUAACACGUGAUUGCUAUGAUUGUUUAACCUUUUACAAUGAUCAGUGAAGGACCAUUGUAGAAAAGAAUGAGUUAUAGGGUUUGAGAGGCUGAUUUAAUUGAUUUUUUUUUAUCAGAAAGGAGAAAUUCAUAGUAGGCCUUAUCUCACCUGUACAUAUGUCAGCUUUAAUCAGAUUUGGCUGCAUGUUGGUUCAGCUAGGGCCCCCUACCGUUAAACAUUUGAGUUCUAUAUCAUAAGGAAACUGCUGGCUAUGGGUCUUCAAGACUUAAUACCAACUUAGGGGAUUUUCAUGGAGGUUUCCUAUAACUAAUUAACAAAGCAUAUUUAACAAGAGAUCACAGCACAAGUGGAAACUUCCAGAAACCAUCUAUCAUUUUCUAAGACAGGGGAAAAUUAUGUCCACUGCCUCGCUGGUACCAUGGAAGACUCAUGUCCCCUGCCUAUUUCCCUGAAAUGUGUGUUUCCAGCCAUCCCCUUCUUGGAGCACAGAAGCCCCUGUUUUCCCAGAUCUCAGGGAAACCUUCAGGAUCUUGUUAAAUAUUUGAGAAGUCAAAUAGGAAUCACUAUGGUGAAGCCUUUUCUGUCAAGGGUUUGUCUGGGGUCAGUCCUUCAUCAAAGCAGAACACAGGCUCAUUGGUGUUCCACAUAGUGCUAUAGACUUGGAGAACAUGAUGUGUAUGCAGGCGUGGAUGCUGGGUUUUUAUUAUGUGAAGGGUCCAGCCUGGCUCAUUGUGUUUUAAGGAACAGGUAGAUAAGUGGGACUUCACUAUUCUGACACGCUUCCUGAUGAAACGGCACAUGGAUCUCACCUGUUUUCCGUUGUUUGCUACCUGGGUACAUCUUUACGGUUGUGUUAAAACUGCAGGCACUAGAUCUAGAUCUGGUAAAGAAGCAUCCCUGCUAUUUGUUCUGUGCCGUUUGUGGACUUGGCGCUGGAUUGGGCAUUUUACAGCACUCUUGAAACCUCACCCUGUCAAGUGGGAAGUAUUUACAAACUCUUUGUAGAGAAAAGGGCGCAGACACUCAGGGAGACUAAGCAACUUAACCAGUAGUGCACAGCAAGAAUGCAGUGAGAGUCUGCUUUCAGUUUUACUACAAUGUCCACACCGUGCAACCCUUGUGACUGAGAGUGUGUGUGGGCAUGUGUGUGAUUAUAUGUGUGCAUACAUCUUACAAGCUUCAUGAGCACAACUGACAAGAGGUAAGGGCAAGAUAGGUUUUCUUUUUUUUUAACCCCUAAGAGGGAAUAAAAUCUGGGGGGAUAAAGCUGGCCUAAAAGGUUGCCCCUGAAGCUCUCUACUGCAUGCUUGUGGCUUGGGGAUGCUGUGGACAGCAACUUCUCUGUAUUGCUAGAAAUGCCCCUCCAAAGCACUCCUUUGCACUUUACUCGAUCUUCUUGCAGGAACUCUUCAUACAGCAGAAGCUAGACAGCUCAGCAGUCUUAAACACAUAAUCAACCAAAUGGAACAAGUAUAUGAAUUAGUGUGUGCACAGAUGUAUUUGUGAGAAUCAGAGCACAAUAAUGCUGAGACUCAACCAUAACCUUGGAUGGGGAGUGUGUAACCCAUUCCCUGAGUAUUGGAUAAAAGUUCUGAAUGACGUCAAAGAAGACCCUCAAUGAAAAUUGUGUAUGUAGACAAAGUGUUCCAAAAACUAUGAAGUAGUCUCCAAGGGAGGGGCUGAUGGGAGCAUGUGAGAUUUCACACUUCAUGGAUACGUGCUCACUAAGCCUGAAGGUGUUGGUUGUCUGGAAGUUACUCGAAUGUUACUCCUAUAAGUAGGGGAGCAAACAGUAUACAGAACAUGUAUAACAAGACAGCUGCUACAUGUUACACACAAACAUCAGCCCAGCCUACCCUUUCACCUCAGUAACCCCUGCCUCUCUUAAGCCCAUAAUAAAUGUAUAGAUGUUAGACAUGGAAAGAGCACAUGUUUGGUAUCUUAGGUGGGCAGUUUUGUGCUUCGUCUGGCAGCUGAGUACAGAAUUGUUUUCUUGUCUGGAGGUUUACUAGUGAGAGACAAGGGAUAGUUGGGAGAGGCUACUAUAUAUAAUAUAUAUUAUAUAUAAUUCUAUUACAUAUUAUAUUAUAAUAUAUAUAUAUAUAUAAUAUUCCCAGACCUAAUCAGUAGUGAUUCAUUCUAGCAAUUUUCAGCUUGGCUAUAAGGCUGUGCAGUGUGUAUGUGUGUGGCAUGUGUGGUUAUGAAAGGAGUCCCUGGCCUAUAAUUCAGGUAUCUGGGGCCACUACAGCUUGUGCUCUUCCACCCCACAGCCUGUGCUCACAGGCACAGUUUUCCCUGUACCUCAUCUGCAUACCAAGGGAAUGGAACACAGACUAUUACCAAAACCCUUUUCCAAUUGUACAGUUCUUUGAGGAGACAUUCCUUAGUCUGUGAGUUAAUCAGAAGAUUAUUAAGUUGGAUUUCUGCAUAUUGAUUAAUGGCCUCAUUCCCACCCUCAGUGUUUGUUUUCUGCAUGGUUGAUGGAGAUCAGAUGUAUUUGAGAGACUGACGUCCAAAUUAGGAACACACUAUAUAUAUAUAUAGUGUCUAACCACCACUGUCCUAGCUCUUAGCAUGCUGUUGCUCUGCACAGCACACGAUGCAGGGGGCUUCUUUCGUUUGGUGGGGUGGGGGUGGGGUCAUCAGGGCAAUGGUGUUAAAGCUAGUCAAAGAAUUAUAAGCCAUUGCUAUCUGCACUCAGUACUAAACGUUCCCUUGACCGCAUUAGGAAUUCAUGUCCUUCCCCCUCCCUCCUCCUGGUACUCAAAGGCACCCAUGUGCAGGACAUGACUUCUCUGGUUCCAUGGGGACAGCUUCAUGUGGGAAGUUCUAGAUGUGCUAAGCAUUAGCAAAGUAUCCUUGUGCAGUUCUGAGGCAUUGUUUCCUGGGGAGUCAAAGCUGCUCUUUCUGUGCUUGGUCUGGGACCAGGGUUCUGCUUGAAGCACUUGUGGCUCACUGGCCUGGGGAAUGAUGUUAGCCAUCCAGUGUGCAGAGUGAUAUCAGCAUCAAAGACACUGCAAGGAAAAGAAGCAAAACAAGCUCAAAGAGCCCGAAUAAAACGAGCCCCACUGUCUUCUGCCCUUUGGCAUUCUGCAUUUUGCCAAGGCUCAUGUCUGGGGGUCUUUCUCACUGUUAGGAUACAGCUGUAUGCAAAGACAAGAGGCUGAGGGUGGGCAUGGAGAACCUCUGCUGAUGUUAAUAAUGGCCUUAAAAACACACACAACUGAGCUCUAAAACAAAGGCCACUUUCACUUGGCAUUUCGAGUGCUGUUGAGUCUGCAUACAGACUAGCAGCUACAGGGCUCUGAGAAAGUCCUGUGCUCUGUCCUGGUGUGGUAGCCAUGUUACACCACACUGUGACCCCUUCCCUGCUCCAUGUGCUUCUUGGUCCUUCCAUGUCGGCAGAUCACAUGACACCAGCUUAGUGGUAUAGAGAAGUGAGAGGUGUCUCUGACUUACUGGGUGUAGUUAUUUUCACAGGUAAGGGAGAUUGGGGACCCCCUUAUGUUCUUUGUCCUUAAGUUCUUUGUUCUCUUUCCCGUGCAUUACAAAAGAAACCCUUCUGAGAAACUUCCAGUCCAGCAUCUCAGUAGACUUGUGCCAUAGAUGCUGCUUCAUGGUCUGUCCCAUGUGUGGGACCCUAGCUGGAAGAUAUCUAGAUGGGCUAUGCAAACUACCCUGAAUGGUAACCUCCAUUUCCUUUCUGUCCCAGAGCUGCAGGCAAGGGACCCCGUGAUGACCAACCAUAGACCCAUUCGUGGAGAUGUUCUAUUUUUUUUUGUAGGGUUUCAUGGUGCUUUUUUAAAGGCAUUUUACAGUUAGUGUGUUGGGGGGCACUUCAUAUUGUUCUUAGAAAGAGAAGUGGGGACUUGCUUGUAACAUUGCUGUGCUGCUAUUGCCCUAAUUUGAAGAUGUAAUUUUUUUUCAGUGAUGGAGAACAUUGCAACAAAGACCGACUGGAAGAUCCAA